UAUCAAAAUGAAUUAAUAACAUUGAUUGGUGAUAACAGAUGCAUAUUACGGGAUGCGUUCAAUUUGAACACAGACGAGGUAGCAGCGUCUCAGUGCGACCAACCGCGACAAUUAUCAUUCAAUGGUUUGAUGAAUAUUAAUAAUAUGAGUGUUGACCUACCGACAACGCAAAUUGCUAUCGUGAAAUCAGCGCAGAACACUGUCGAUUUCAUCGUUGGUGAUAAAAACCAGCCGGAGUCAUCUCAACGGCAACAACAACAAGAGGUGCGAAAUAAAGUGCAGUUUUCGAUAGGUGAUCGAUCGAUGAAUGGUAGUGGUAGUGGUAUUGACGGGUGUUUCGAUCUAGAGAAGACAAGUUCAUGCUCAACUCUGGGCUCGAGAAGCGCUGGGGAUGGACAAGCGGCCGAUUGUGAUGAUGCGUUCGAGGCGAUUGUAAACGACGACAACUUGAAUUUGAAUCCUUUGAGUACUUGUCGCAUUAAUAACGUCAUUGAUAUGGGGCAUUGCGAUGAUGAGAGUAAUCUUGCUGGAAACAACCAAAGACAAAAGGGUUCAUUAUUGUCAUCAACGAAAAACUUGCAAAGAAAACCAUCCGAGGAAGCAGACGAUGAACAGAGUGAUGAUGACAACAAACGCGAGAAGGAGAAAAGUAGAAUGCAAAGGAUAGCAAGUUUCGGGAGGAACCCGCAAAAUUGGUUGUUGAGGUUGUUCGAAUCAGACGUUUUCACCGUGGUAAUUGCAAUGCAGUAUCUGUUCAAUACUAAAGAGGCUGCUGUUCUUCACUAUUUAGGUAAUCGGUUGUUCGAUUUUCCGUAUGAAAGUGUUGACUUUUAUACACCACAAUUGGUUAAUUUGUAUAUAAACAUGAAGGAGGUUGCUGAUGUUAUUCAUCGAUAUAUUGUUGCAAGAUGUCGUAAAAGUGUUGUGUUUUCACUGGAAUGCUGUUGGUUGCUGGAUGCAUAUGGAGUGGAGUCGAUGCGUAAACAGAAACGGAAAUCACAAGGAUAUAAACUGAGAAAUUUGAUAUUGAACGAAUUAAAUUUUAAUUCUGAAAGCAUGAGCCAUCAGCCGAUCAAUAAUCCACUAUCAAAAUCCUUCUUCUCCACAAAGAGUUCGAUGGAUCGUUCAAGAUCACGAUCUGAAGCUAUGGUAUAUGCAUUGGACACAAUGGAUGCAUCAGGGAAUCAAUCGAAUGAGAGUGUGGCACUGUGGCGAGCCGAAAGUAUUCCCUUGAAUAACACUUCCGAAACGCUUUCAUUCGGUGAUUUAACUACAGGUCAAGCGUUUAAUAAUGGAUGUGUUUGCUUUGAUGAAGAGGAUCAAGACAACGAGGUGGAUUGUUUGAACAAAGCUGAAUGCAAAUGUGGAGCACAGCGCAUUCGACCAGAACAAGAGUUUGUGAAGGCACUGAUGGCAGUGGGUGAUCGCUUGAAAGAGAUUCCGCUCAAGGAAGGCAAAUCAAAAGGUCUCGUCGACGAACUGAUAAAGAUAAAUCUGAAUUUACCGGCACGGGUUUGGCUGCCACUCUAUGCCGAUACAAUUAAACAUAUCGUUCUAAGGAUACCGCAUUCAGCUGGAUGUGUUCUGAACAGUAAAGAUAAGGCACCGUACUGUUUAUAUGUUGAAGUGCUAGAAGUAGACGAUAUGAGAACGAGUUAUAUACCUCAUCGUAUCAGCGAUAUUGAAGCAGCUGAAUAUCAUCGUAAGGAGAGACAAGGAUCGAACUAUUCACUCAAUUCUUUACCGAACACGACGUUCACGUCGUUUAGUGAUCAUCGAGUUUGUUCUAUUACGUUCAUUCGUUCGGUUCAGUUUGCAUCAUCAUUGUCUUUGGAUGCAAGAUCAAUGGAAUCGAUAUCUGAAAAUCGUUCACCGAUCAGUGAAAAUAAUAAUAAUAAUGAAAAAGUUAUCAUUGCUGCUGAAAUUAGAAAACGACUGACGAACUGGGUUAAGAAACCUAGAAGACGACAGUUGAGGCAAAUACCGGAUGAUCCGUCAGCAUCAGAAAUGAGUGAACCAUGGGAGGAGAAGCAGAUGAGGAUCAGGGAGUCGUCACCGUAUGGACGUAAUCCGAGAUGGAGAUUGUUACCGGUCAUCAUAAAGACUGGUGAUGACCUCAGACAAGAACUACUUGUGUACCAGUUGCUGAUCACUCUUAAAAUCAAAAAAAAUUUAACGCUGAAUGACAGCGAAUCAGAAUCGAAAUUACCGCCAACAUUAAUGACGCAUUUUUUGGAAUCAUUCGGUUCACGGAAUUCAGAAUCGUUUCUUAUCGCUCAGCAGAAUUUUGUACAGAGUUGUGCUGGUUACAGCUUAGCGUGUUAUUUUUUGCAAGUUAAAGAUAGACAUAACGGUAACAUAUUACUGGAUUCAGAAGGUCACUUGAUUCAUAUUGAUUUUGGAUUUAUUUUAUCGAUUUCACCGCGUAAUCUCGGCUUUGAAACGUCGCCGUUUAAAUUGACGCAAGAAAUAGUGGAUGUUAUGGGUGGAGCUGAUAGUGAUAUGUUCAAAUAUUAUAAGAUACUUCUGCUGAAAGGAUUGAUCGCUGCACGCAAGCAUCACGAUCGUGUUGUUAAUAUCGUUGAGAUCAUGAGUGUCGGUUCACAGUUGCCAUGUUUUCGUGGUGGAACGAACACGAUUCGUUUAUUGAAGGAUCGUUUUCAUAUGAGUUGUACUGAGCCACAGUUGCAAGCUCUUAUUGACAAAAUGGUUGCGGACAGUUUAGAUGCGAUCACAACGCGGAUUUAUGAUAAUUUUCAGUAUUAUACGAAUGGUAUUUUAUGA